AUGCUUGCCGAUUUUGAAACUGUUUUACGUUCAGAUUUCACUCUAGACGACUGCCCCCACGUUGGUCCGUUCACGUGGCACAACGUGCCCGGUUUGGAUGAUAAUGAUGAUGUUGAAGGGGAUGCGCUCACCCUCAGUUCAUACAGCUCGCUCGGGCAACGCCCCAAACACAGCGAUGAUGUCAGUGUAUUGCCAGCAACGGGAGAGAAACUGACAGAGGACCCUCUCAGCACCAGCGCACGCCUUCAAACAGAUAUGCGCGUUUGGAAGCUCAUGAAGCCGUGUCCUGUCCCUCGCAGUAUUCCAAAGCUGGACGUCAAGAAAGGAACCACUACGUUGGGCUUUCACUUUGACGGGGGCAUCAUCAUUGCUGUGGACUCUCGCGCUUCUUCAGGACAGUAUAUCUCUUCCCAGACAGUCAUGAAAGUGCUGGAAAUCAAUGAUUACCUUCUUGGUACCAUGGCUGGUGGUGCGGCGGAUUGUCAAUACUGGGAGCGUGUGUUGGGUAUGGAGUGCCGGCUCUGGGAGCUUCGCAACAAUAGCCGUAUCUCCGUGGCAGCCGCAAGUAAGAUCCUUGCUAAUAUCACAUACUCUUACCGCAACUACGGGCUGUCCAUGGGCACAAUGGUGGCUGGCUGGGAUCAGUUUGGUCCAUCCCUUUACUACGUGGAUGACAAGGGCACUCGUGUAAAGCACGAGCUAUUCAGUGUGGGCUCCGGAUCCAUCUAUGCAUAUGGUGUCCUCGAUCAGGGUUACCGGAAGGAUCUCACUGUCGAGCAGGCCUGUGAUCUUGCACGGCGAUCCAUAUUUCACGCCACAUACCGCGACGGCGCGUCUGGUGGUAUUGUCACUGUGUACCACGUGCACCAAGGCGGCUGGACACAAAUUUCACGUGACGAUCAGACGAAGUUAUAUGAUCGCUACUACCCAUCCUGA